UCACAUUGGGAGAGCUGCAGGCAGACAGAAGCAGCAUACACUAAUGUUACUAUAUUUGACAAGACACACACACACACACACACACACACACACACACACACACACACAUUCUCCUGCCACUUGCACGACUGCACACACAUACAGAAAAGAAGGAGGGGAGGUGGGGGCACAAACGCACACACACACACACACACACACACACACUCACACACCGGAAAGACAACCCUCAAGUGUACAUGCAUGGAUAAACACACACACUCCGACGCGUGCUGAGUGCAGGAAUCACAAACAUAGCGACACACAGAAGGGCGAGCGCGUGACGCCAGCAACCUAACGCCGUUGUCUCCCUCUCUUUCUCUCUCUCUCUCUCUCUCACACACACACACACACUUCGUCUCUCUCUCUUUUUCAUACACACACUCACGCCUCUCCGACACACACGACAGCGCACAAGCCAGCGAGCAGGACGGCGCUGGACGUAUCAUUCAUAUAGGGAAUAGAUCCGAGGAAAAGGAUUAACUAUCUCCAUCCCUCUCCCUGUAAGGACCUUAUCCUCUCUUCCCUCCUCUUGUGUCUCUAAGCCUCCCUUCACCUCGUUUUUUUCCACAAUCCCUCUUUUUUUUUUUUUUUUACAAUUCGUUGGUGGGUUGAAGGGAAGCUGGGGGGAUUGUCUCUAUACAGAGAGCAGGAUUAUUCUCAUUAUUAUUCAUUUGACCAGGAUCUUGAAUGUAUGGAUUUCUUUACCUGAAGGGGACAGUUCUUCGCCGCCUCGUCCUGUGAGAGAUGUUGAAUCUUUUUUUAAUUUUUGGGAUAUUUUUUGUGGGAUGGCUGAGGGCAGGAAGCUGUGAGGCUGCUGCUGUCUGAGAUAUUUGGUCAAAAGGUGUUUUGGUGUACCUUUUCCCAGCCGCCGCCCUAGUGGAGGCUGCAGGCAUGGCGGCCUGAUGCCCCCAUAACCCCAUCCCCUCCGACAGAGGAAGGCUGCAAAGCUCUUUGUCAUGCCCCCCCACACCCACCACCCUGGGGGCACUGGCCUGCCCCCGGCUAGUGCCACCACCCACUCGGCCAGACCCGUCUUCCUCUGUGUCCUCUGCCUCCUCGCGGCGCUGCCUCCGCCCGCCUGGUCCUGCCCUCCUCCCUGUCUCUGCUCCUCAGACGGCCUGGAGGUGGACUGCGGGGGCCGGGGGCUCUCCUCCCUGCCGCCCCUGCACCUCCUGCCCCCCGGGAGCCGCUCCUUCCUGCUGGCCAACAACAAGCUCGCCUCGCUGGGAGCCUCCGCCUUCGCUAACCUCUCCUUCCUGGAGGAACUGGACCUCUCUAAUAACUACCUAGAUAAUUUACCAGCUGGAUUAUUCAGAGACAUGUCCAACCUGACGAGACUGACUCUGCACAACAACUCACUCACAGCGAUGGACAGAGAACUCUUCCAGGGUUUGGGGGGCCUUCAAAGUCUGGAUCUGUCCCUGAACGGCCUGUCCUUUGUUCCUCUGGGGCUGCUGGACGAGCUGCAGGGCCUCAGGUGGCUGUCUCUAGCGGGUAACAGGCUCCAUGGUUUGGAGAGGGCAGCGUUUGAGCCCCUUGCCAACCUCCAACACCUGGAAUUGGGAAACAACCCCUGGGAAUGUGACUGCAACCUCCGCGAUUUCAAACACUGGAUGGAGUGGCUCCUUUACAGAGGGGGGAAGGUGGACGCGGUGGAGUGCACGCUACCGAAGGAUCUGCGCGGGCGCGACAUCCGCGGCGUUCCCGUGGAAAUGUUCAAUUACUGCCUCCAACUUGAGGACGAGAACGGAGGGGGCGAGGGUUCCCGUUCCGGACAAAAGGGCGUCCCCCCCUGCAGCAGGAACGCUCUUAACCCCAGUGGGGCAACACCGAUUUCUGACAACAUCGGCGACGACGCCUCUUCAAACACAGGCGGUGGCGGCGGAGAGGCCCCGUCGGAAUGCGUCCGCACGCGCUACCGGCCCGUGAGCGUGCGUCGCGCCAUCGGCACAGUGGUGAUCGCCGGCGUGGUCUGCGGCAUCGUUUGCAUCAUGAUGGUCGCAGCCGCAGCGUACGGCUGCAUUUACGCCUCCCUGAUGGCCAAAUACCAGAGAGAGCUGAAGAAGAGGCAGCCACUGAUGGGGGACGGAGAGGGGGACGGAGAGGAUAGGGAGGAGAAACAGAUCUCCUCCGUGGCCUAGAGAAGUGACGGGACGGAGGAGGCUUGGAGUGUCAAAGGUGAAGGUUGGAAGGGGCGAAAACUUCAAGGGCUCAGGGAGGAGAGAGAAGGGAAGAGUUUGCGUCAUGCACACAAGACAGUUAAUGGUGUCUCUCCCUCUCAAACAGACACCUUUCUCCCACUUUUUGUCUUCCUUUCUUUGUCCUCUUUCUAUUUUUAACUGUUGCCCUCUCUCAAACACACACUCCCUCACACACACACCUUAUCUGUUGCCGGAUUUUAUCACUGCAGUAUUUGUUACCAAUCAUCCCUCCAACUGCCCACCAACCACCUACUGUACUACCGCUUUUGGCUGCUGCUGAAUUUUCCAUUUCUGAUGGCCAAGAGAAGGGAAAAAAAAUUGAUAGGCUAAUAUGGUACAUAUCAUUUAAGCUGUGACUAGACACUCAUGGUGUAUGAUCAGUCAGUAUUUGUAAUAGCUGGAUCGAAUUUUCAGGGAUUUACAGUAUGUAUAGUGGUGUUUGGACCAAUAUUCAUAAUAAUUAAGAAAAAUGCACGGCUCUUGUUUUGUUUGUACCUUUUCUCCUCCUCAACCUCAAUAAAAGCCAGUAGUUCCCUCCCAAACCAGGACCCCAACCCGAGACCCCUUCACCUUCGUCUGGCCUAAUGCUCCUCUGACGUUCCUGAGGACCUCCACAUCCCAAAGAAACGGCCAGUACUCGAACGCUUGGAGGAAACGAGGGAAACGUUUGUGGAUCCACACAAGGAGACGUCAUUUAAAAAGACAACACCCCUUGAGUGCUUUGUCCACCGAGAAAUAGUGGGAUGCACAUUAUGUGUUGCCAGUAAACGAAACAUGGAGUCUCCCAUGUCUCUAGAGGCUUGUUAUGGACGUUCGAUGUACAACAGGAAACCAUCUGCAUUGAUAGAAUGAUCAUUUGUGGAUGGCUAGAAAUAGACCAUAACUGGAUCACAGCUGUUUCUCUCUGGACCGACAACGUCUCCCAGAUUGGAGCUGUAAUGCAUAAGAUUCUACAGUGGAUGUUAUUCAUCAGUUCAACGGGGAAGAAACUAUUUAACUGAAAUCAGAAUUUUCCUGUGUUGGUCCCCUUUUACUCAGAAAAAGGCUUAUAGCUUCACUUGAUGCUUGUUAAAUGAUCGUGAUCAUGGACAGAUCAAAAGCCUGGUAGACAAUUCUCGUUCAGAGUCGUCUUCACAAACAGUUUUCAUGAAGCGAUCUAAAGGACCACAGACUUUGUUCAGAGCUCAUUUUCAGACUGAUGUCACCCUCAGAGGUUAACGUUUGCUACUAUGGCACGGAAAAACUAUCUCAGAGAACCCUGUCUCAAGGCAAGGACUACAACAACUCAUCUAAGGACUACAGACUUCAGACUCCUGCACUUUAUUUCCCAAAUCAGUUACCCUCUGGCCUUCCUCUCCCGCUUCCCUUCCCCGCUCUUUCUUUCUACGAUGGAAGAUUUGCCCAGAGGGGAUUAUAGUGAACAAGGGAUUAAACAAAAAGACGCUGCUAUAUUGUUUUCCCCCAACCUCCUUCUUGUCCCUUUAUCUCUCCAUCCAUCUUUCCGUCCAGUGCUAUUUAUGGAAAGCUGUUCACACUUCCUUAAAGAUUUCCACCUCAUUUUUUUCUUUUCAUCCCUCUCUUAUGCCAUGUUGUUGUCUCUUGUGUUUCCCCCCCCCCCCAAAGGAUCUGCAAUAUGCAAUGGAAGUUGUGCCACCAUAACUUGAAAAUAUAGUCACUGCCAAAGAGUCCUUGUGUUUUCAAUUAAGCAAUCAUCGAUUUGAAUCUGUUUCCUUGAUGCAUUCAGAACAAAAAGUUAGUUAGUUUGAUUUACACAAUCAUAAAAAUCCUAAUUUAUGCCUGUGAAAUAUUUAUGGAAUAUGAUUAGCAUUUUAGUAAAUAGAGCAGGACAUUUGUGUCUUCAGUGAUAAGCAAUCUCACAUAUCCGGCUUUCAUUGCAUAUUGCUCCCCUACAGUCGAACUGUUCCCUCUUAAUUUUUAAUUGGCUGGAAGUAAACUUAUAUUAAUAGUGUGUUAUCUUAUACAUGGGUAUGAUGCAGAUAAAUAUUAUUAUAUUAGCCUCUACUAUGGUGUGUUGGCCCAGCGAUCCCCAAAAUGUUUUUGACGUAACUGUUCAUGGGUUUCUGUAUCUACUCAUGACAUAUGUCUUUUGUUGUGUUAAUAAUGUCGAUAUUUCGUUUCGUUUUGGGGUUUUAAAAUAUUUGUGUAAUGUUUGAUUAUUUGUCGUGUUUUAUUUUAUUUGUGUUCAGUAGCUGGUCAAGUUUCUGCAAGAAGCAUAGAAAGAGUUUGGCCCCAUGCUGCUGCCUCAUCUCUGAACUUUGUCAGAUUAACAUUACUUAGCAUUGGCUCACGUGCACACAAGAAACCUUUUCUAUUUAACGUGAUCUUUUUUUUAACUUAACGUUGAAGGGCUUGCUCUGUCUCCUACAAAUACCUUUUACUUAUAUCAUGCAACUUGCUUUAAAAAACAAACAGCAUUCAUAUUUAUGCUGCAGAAAGAUAUUUGAUGGGACACAGACAUGUACAGUAUGUUCCCUUCCAACACUUUCCAGGAAGGUUUCAUUUUAUCUCCAAUAUCUACACAUCCUAAAAACUAAUAUAAGAAAUGAAAGAAUACAGUGAGCUGAGGUUAAGAUAAUGAACCUUAGAAAGGGUGAGGAAAAAAGUGUGAGGGAACGGGUCAUGGAUAAAUGACAAAUACGUAAAAUCUCAUGUGAUGCAUGAGAUGGGACUUGAAGACUUGAAGACACACUUACAUUUUGCUGCAAUUCUGAACAUUACACUAUUUCUUGCAUCGACCAGAAAAGUUUCAUAUAAAAAUGGAUCUGUAGGAGACUGAGCUGGCGGGAUGCAGGAUUUUGGUUUUCGAUUAUUUGAUCGUUCCGAUACUGAUCAAGUUUGCGAUGCAUAACAAGUCUCGAUGCACUUCAGCAACAACACUCACUCAUGUAAGAGAUGGAGAAAAUGAGUAGGAAAUCGGGUAUAAUUCAAAAAGAUGCAAAGUGAUGUUUUAUAGAAAAUUGAACCAUUAACUUCACAGAAAGGCAACAUCUACUAAACUCUUUCUAUACGUCUGGAAACAUUGUCCUCUCACCCCCUGGUCUGCAGGUCUCAUGUUGUUGGUUGCUAAGUAUCUUAGCUAGCUGAAUCCUGUUCCUAUAGCCUGUGUGUGUAAAGACUAAUAAAUUAUAGUUUGUUACGUAAAAACUGCAGCAGCCAUGUUGACUGAGGGCCUCAAAGACUAUGUUGCCCAGAGAUCUAUGGUGUGUUUGAUGAUUGUGAUUAUGACGCUGAUAGGAUGAUGAUGAUGAUGAUACUGAUGAUAAUGAUGAUGAAGCAUUUCCUAGUCAAUAUGCAUUGAUUUGAAUAAAAACAUAUCACACAUGUCAGAUUUAAA